GACUAGCAGAGUUUCUCCCAGUAUUAGAAUUGCACCGAAUGAUGUGCGAACAUCAAAAGCUUGUAAUUCUCAAAAUUUUCGAUCAUUGAUUGUGGAUAAUUUUGCAGAAGUUCAGCCAGUAAUAAAUACUUCUCAAAUCAAUGUGCAAGAGAGUUCCAUGAUUUUCAAUGCUCAAAAUUUGCAAACACCGAUUAUGGACAGCUUUGCAAACGUUGAGACAAUAACGAAUAGUUCUCAAGAAAAUCUCCUUAUGUUCAACACGGCACCAAAUCUCAUGAACAAGUUUCUUGUGAACAAACAGGAAUUGUUGUCCCCUUCCAGUAACGACGCGCAGGCGAGUUCUGUGAUGUACAACGCGUUAAUAAACGUUUCAGCACCUACCUUGGAUUACAAUACCGCAAAGGAAAAUUCCAAGGUCAAUGAUUAUCAACCGAUAAUGGCGAAUAAUGUUUUACAGGCAUGUAGUCAACAUCAACGCAAUAAUAGAAAGUCGCUUAGAAAACAACCAUAUCCACAAAGAGCGCCCGACUCAUCAUCAGAAGAUGGAUACGUGAUUCGGGUUAAUAUUUACGAAGUCUAUAAAAAAAACCCAAAACUAUUGUCUAAAACCCUAAAAGAGGUUAAAAAAGUAGAAAAAAAGGACGAAAAUCCGUUCAUAUUAGAGCUCGAUGAACUAAUCGUUCAGAUCAAUGAUCUGGACAUUGACCAUUUAACAAUGAACUUCACAAGCCCCAAAAUAACGUGGAAAAAGGGUUCAUCGUCCCUUGACAUUAGAGGGUUAGAAGGAGCAAAUCGACUUCAUAAAGAGGAACGGGAACUCUGCUCCAAGUUAAGGAUGCAGCCUUUACAAUAUUUAAGAGGUAAACUUGCGAUCCUCCGUGGUGCGAGGAAGGCCCGAAAAGACAAUUUAAAAUUUAAAAAGGUAGACGCGCAGCGUUUAGUUAAUUUUGACGUAAACAAAGCGUGCAAACUUUGGGAAUUCUUUGAUCAGCUUGGUUGGAUUUAGUUUGAGUUUCGUGGGUUAGGGUGUUAUAUAAAAAAAAUUUUUUUAGUUAUAGUUGGAAUAAUGUAUUUUAUUAAAAUUUCAUCCUAUUAAUUUUUAGAUGAUUAUGAAAAUUAAAAAUUUAGAAUUAAAAGUUUCUUUUAAGAUAGCUAUUAAAUUUUAGAGUUAACACA